CGCGUGCGAGCUCUCUACAGGGCAGAUUAUCAGGCGCAAACAACGGACAGGGGGUGGCGACCUUGACACAGAUAGAGCCCUAUCUGUGCACGUGCCUGAAGUGGGACAUCAUUCAAUCUGGUGAAUAGGCUAAUAGUGUUAUUGGUGUGCUCUGCUCGUCCCCGUUAUUUCACUUUCACUCCACCGCGUGCAUGCGAAGUCACUAAUGUUGAAGAGGACAGUGCCGUUUCCGAUUGUGAUGAGGUGGACUCUCGCUCGCUCUCUCUCACACACAUAGUAACCUACACCCACUCACAGCACGCGCCCCGCGCACCGCUCCGCGCACUGCUCAUCUAUACACUCGCAUCGCUGCUACUGUCUUGCAAAAGGCAAUAGAGAGUUUGGCAGCACCUGCUCCUGUUUCUGGGGUCAACAAUUGCAAAGGAGACUUCUGAGAAAUAGUGACAAGACAGAGUGAGGAUGUGUGGGGUGGACCUGGAUCUAGACGAGGGGGGCUCAGGCGACGAGGAGAAGGAGCAGGAGGAGUUCUGGGUGGGUGAGAGGGUGAAGAUGCUGCCUCCUCCCACGGCCCACAGUGAGGGCAGCGCAUGGGGUAGCCGUCGGGGAAGUUGUGGCUGUGUGGCAUGCGGUGUGGGGCUGCUGCUGUGGAAUGUGGGUUUGGCCUUGGUGUGUGUCCUGGUCCUGGUGGCCGUGUUUGCCUUGGUCCUGCUGCCCGCCUCACUGCUGCUCUACGCCGGCUUCCUCUGCCACUCACGGGUCCUAGAUUCCCCCUCUCCUAUCUGCCGUUACCUCGACGACAACAGUUGCUCCGCCCUCAUCAUCCUGGGCUUUGUGAUGAUGUCACCGCUGGUGGUGGUGGCGGCGGCCAUCUUCUGUGGGCUGCUCCGGAGGCUGCGACUCCUGCUGCUGUUUCAGCCAAUAACAGGUGCAUGGUACCAUGGACGGGGCUUGGACUGGGGGGGUGAUGUCCGUGCCUGGGUCUGAUUGGACCAACGCUCGAAUAAACCAGUGUUCAAAGAGUUCAAUAGGUUAACAGUCAAGAGAGAAUCGAGUCCUGGAGAAUCGCAGUGUCAAAUCUAUUUAGUGUCCUAUUAAACUGUAAUGAAUGUCAUACAAUCGAAUGGAUACAAUGUGAACCAGUCCAAUUGUUUAAAGACAGAGCUUUACAUGUGGCUAUAGGGCUGUUGCUGGUCAGAAGGAAACAGUGGAGGUAAGGGUGGAAUAUGCUAGCAGCUCUUCUCUGUGGAUUUGUAUUGGUUAUGUAUAUUGAUCUAUUUUCAAUUAUCUGCUAACUUAUAUGGUUGUGAAUCUUGAUGCAGCAGAAAAAUGUAACUGUCACUCAAAUGUCUAGAAUGGAAGGAAAAUAUGUUUACAAGCUUACUUAUUUAGCAGAUUUUGUUCAUUCUAUUGAUUUCAUUAUAUUCACCAUCUUGUAAAAGUGCCAUGUAAGCUACCUCAAUGUAAGUAUAGUUCAUAAAUGUAGCCUAGGUUGCUCUACAUCAGUCAUGUGUGAACGGGAUGAGACACAAUUAUAGUCUUUUCUUUUUCUGUUGUGUUUGUUUUUUUGUUUAGUAUAUUGGCAUAUUUUCUUGCAAAAAAUCAUUCUGAUGUGUUUUAACAGAGCCGUCAUGACUAAUUUUGUACUUAUCAGAUCCUACCAACGUUUCAUUUCUAUGUACCUAGUAAUUGACUUAUAUGUAAAAACAUUACUGGUAAUUCCCCUUAAUUGCGGCCACCGUAAAAGGAAUUGGAGCUGAAAUGCCAAGUCUUUGAUCCGUCUAUCUGUAGGUAUUUUUCUAAUGGCUGAUAACGUCUCCAAGGAUUGAAAUAACACAUAGUAGAGGCUAAUGGUGAGGACACUUAGUUCAAAUAGAUAUACAGUUUUAAAUCCAUGGACCUUUCACUGUCAUUAUCUCACAUAGAUCUUUAUAUGAUGUGUGGUAUGAUUCAUAUCAGAUAAUGCCUAGACAUUCCUCAAUCUGCUCCUGAGAGACAGUGUGGUUCUAUGUGAUAUUACUUAAUAGAGUGCCUCUCUUCCUACCAACAUGGUCAACUACUUUGAAAGCAUUACUCAAUAGUAUGUUAAUCGCUGUUUAUCAUAAUUUUUUUCAAUUUAACCUUUAAACUAGGCAAGUCAAUUAAGAACAAAUUCUUAUUUACAAGGACGGCCUGCACCGGCCAAACCCGGACGACACUGGGCCAAUUGUGUGCCGCCUUAUGGGACUCCCAAUCACGGCCGGUUGUGAUACAGCCUGAUCAUUUGAGAUCUAAAGACGUUAGUCAUGGAAAGAUGGCAUCCAGUAGUCAUGUUGUUGUCUGAGGCAGACACACAUUUACACAGUGUAUAGAGCAUAAGCACCCAAACAAAAAUCCCCAUCUCAUAAUUUAGCUAUACAUUUGAAUCAACUUAAAUUAUUACUUGAAGUGAAUUGAACUCAAUAGACUCUACUUCUUGAACUAUGAACUAUAUCAGAACAGUUGAUGGUUGUAGCCAAUCCACAUUCUGUAAAUGUAUGUUAUUGAAGAAUAAACCUGUUGACAUACU